CCAUCCCAUCGAACCAACAAUGGAUUCGUUUACCAAUAAGAAUAUAUUGAAAGAUAAUAUGAAUAAUGGGUUUCUGAAUGAGAGGGACUCUCGAAGAGGAUUGUUUGAUGAGAUGAAACGAGUCGAAGAGGAAUCACUCGUCAGCACUAAAGAGACGUUGGGUUUGAUUCUCGAGAGCGAAAAGAUUGGUGUGAAAACUGGUCGAGAGUUAGUCCGACAAAGAGAGACAUUGAAUAGAGUGGAGGACAAGUUGGUGUCCAUUGACGGCAGUUUAGAUGAGACACAAAAGCAUUUAAAAUCCAUAAAAAGUGUUUUCGGAGGUUUUAGAGAACUUUUCUCGAAGAAAAAGUCAAUCAAUAAUAAUAUCAAUAAAAAUAUGGGAAUUGAAAGACUAAAACAAUUGUCAUUAGGUUUGGGCAAUGAAAUUGAUUCGCAAAACUCAUUGAUCGACAGAAUCAGUAAACAGACAGAAAAGGCUGAAAUCCGGGUUAAAGAGCAAAACCAACAAAUGACUCGUAUAUUGAGGAAA